AUGCACCAGGCCAACAUCCACAUCCCCGGUCUCGGCGGGUCCAACGCCUUCACCCGGACUCUGAGCAAAGAAGACGUGGAGAUAUGCGUAGCUGUCGAGAAAGCCUUCAUAGAGGCGGAGCGUUGCUCCGAGGAAAAGUUCUAUUACCGCCUAGGAGCCUGUCCGGAGUUAUGCCUGGGACUGUUUGUUGAGAACGAACAGGAGCCAGCAUCACCUACGCUCAUUGGACAUGUCAUCGCAGUUCGUUCUCCCUAUACUUGUAUCACGGAUGGGUCGAUGGGAAUGCCGAAGAAUUGGCGAUCUCUGCCCGAUGACGAGCCGGUCUUUGUCAAUAAAGAGUUGAUCGGGAACCACAAGUAUGGAGAUACCAUUGCGAUCCACUCUGUUGCGAUUUCGCCCGAGUAUCAGGGUAAGAAAGUCGGGAGGGCUCUUAUGCGUGCAUAUAUUGAGCAUCUUGCAAGGGGCUGUUUCGGGGCGAGCAGGGCAGUGCUCAUUGCGCAUGACUACUUGGUGCAUUUCUAUGAAAGUGUUGGGUUUAAGAACCAGGGGAAGAGUCAAUCGAAUUUUGCGGGUGGUGUUUGGUUUGAUAUGACUUUCGAUCUGGAAUGA